AGAGCCUUUUAUUAUCAGUCUGAUUGCUCCAAGCUCAAGAUCCUCUGUUUUUCAAUUCUUGCUUUCUACCCUGUCGUGAUCGCCAAUACAUCAACACAAGACUUCGAAAACUUCAUCUCCCUUCUUUCUUUGCAUACAGGUUUGAUUCUUAACUGCACGCAAGAUAUGAUCUCCAAGAAAUCAGUCGCGAUGAUGCACAAAUCCAUUUUAUUUGUUUGUCCUUGGUGGAUUUUUAGGGUUUUCUUUUUAGAUUUCCUUUUAUUUUCGGUUGCCUUUGCUGGAGGAUAGGCUAAUGGAAAUCAAGAUUCUUGCUUUUAUCUAGUUAUGGUUUUGUUCUUUGAUUGCGGCAACUGAUGGAUUUUCAUAUAAUGGAUUCGACUGAUAUGUUGUCUUGAUGUGCUUUAUCUGGCUCCGGUUAAGGUUUUUGUAUUCAUCGUUUCCGUGGUGUUAAAGAAAACAGAUUGGGCAGAGAAUGUGGAUAUCGUUUGAUAUAUCAGUUAUAUGGUAUCGUCUGUUCAUCCUACUAUUGUGUUUUGUCUUUCUAGCAUGGAUGCGAAGAUUGCGACCAUUCAUUCACGACUUGGAGGAGGACCUGCGCGCAACAAUGUUGUUUGUCGUUACUGGAUGAUGGGAAAGUGUAAUAGGAACCCCUGUAGGUUCAUGCACAGAGAAUUGCCACCUCCUAAUGUUUAUCGAAGAACAUCUGAGCAACCCAAUCUUUUACGGAAGGAACAAUCGAUUAGGAGCCCUAGCCAUGGCCUCAAAAAUUCAUUGGCAUUGAGUGAUGGAUCUGAAGUUAAAACUGCUCAGAAUAGCACCAAUCAUGUUAUUAAGGAUCCACCUAGGAAACGCCCCAAUCCUGGGAAUUCUUUGGCUUCAAAUAGUGGAGGUGGAGGUGGUGGGUCUGAAUAUAAAUGCACUCGUGAGAGCUCCAGUUCUGGCACUAAGGCAAUGAAUUUGGAGAAGAUAAAACCAUCCUCUAAUUCAUCAGUUCUGGUUGUUGAAGGCAAUGCUUCUGAAGAAAAAACUGUUGAGUGCUCAAAAAAGGCAUGUGAGAACUGGAUGUCAGACAAAUGUGAUAAAGAAGAUGGGUGCCAGUUCUUGCAUUCAUGGUUUUAUGGGGAUUGGUUUUCGACAUUGGCAAAACUCAAGGGGCACAUACAGGCUGUCUCUGGGAUUGCUCUUCCAUCAAGAUCUGACAAGCUUUUCUCGAGUAGUAGUGAUGGAACAGUACAUGUUUGGGAUUGCAAUACUGGUCAAUCAACAAGAGUGAUAAAUGUUGGUGUCAAAAUUGGGGCUUUAAUCAGUGAAGGCCCCUGGAUAUUUGUAGGCUUGCCAAAUAUUGUUAAGGCAUGGAACAUUGAGACAGCUGCUGAAUUUAAUCUCGAUGGGCCAGUUGGGCAAGUUAAUGCUAUAGCUGUAGCUGAUGUUGUUGAUAUGCUUUUUGCGGGGGCACAGGAUGGUGCCAUUUUGGCUUGGAAAGGGAGUGCUAAGAACCCAAAUCCUUUUGAACUGGCCUCAUCUAUGAAAGGUCACACCAGUGCUGUUAUAUGCUUGACCAUUGGAAGAAAUAGGCUAUACUCUGGUUCUGUGGACAAUACUAUAAGGGCGUGGGACCUCGACACUUUACAGUGUGUUCAUACAUUAAGUGGUCAUAAAGAUGCUGUAACGUCUCUUAUUUGUUGGGAUCAAUAUCUACUGUCUUGUUCAUUAGACAAGACAAUAAAAGCAUGGGCUUUUACUGAAGAGGGUAACUUGGACGUGAUUUACACACAUAAUGAGGAACAUGGCGCUAUUGCUCUUUGUGGGAUGCCUGAUGCAGAAGCAAAACCAAUUUUGCUUUGCUCUUGCAGUGACAAUACUGUUUACCUGUACGAACUGCCAACAUUCAUUGAGAGGGGCAGGAUUUUUUCGAAAAGCGAAGUGAGAACAAUUCAGACGGGUCCUGGAGGUCUCUUUUUUACUGGUGAUGGAAUUGGAACGCUGGACGUUUGGAAGUUGACAGAAUCACAUGGAAGAGCUAUGGAAAUAGCAUGAUAUCUUUGUAACUACAUGUCUUGCAAAAUUUGGUCAUCCCGUUUGAGUUCUGUUGAUUUUUUUUUUGUAGAAAUUGUAGAACUACGUGGACCUGAUCCUUCAUUUUGUGAUGGAGGUACGUAGGCAGCCUUCGGGUGCGGUCCAAAUUAUGUAAUAACUAUUUUUUGUUUAUUUUAAAUUCUUUUUUUUUUGUUUUUCAAUUCACAUUUGCAUUUCACUUGGCUUUUGGAUUUUUGUCAUUUGAGCAAUAUUGUGUAAUAAGGAAUUGAUGUUAUUGUCCUUAAGAAGUCAUCCUAUGACCCAUAUUCUUUAUUGUUAUCAAAUGUAAGAAUUCAUCUUAA